AUGAGUUCAAAUCCGAGCACGAGUGCUGCGGCAGCCGGUGGAAGUAGUAGUAGUAGUAGUAGUGGCCCAUGUGGAGCUUGCAAGUUCUUAAGAAGGAAAUGUGUUGCAGGGUGUAUCUUUGCACCUUAUUUCGAUUCCGAUCAAGGUGCGGCCCAUUUCGCAGCGGUGCACAAAGUUUUCGGGGCUAGUAACGUGUCGAAACUAUUGUUUCAUCUGCCGGUUCAAAGGCGACACGAUGCGGUGGUCACCAUUUGUUACGAAGCUCAAGCUAGGCUUAGAGACCCUGUGUAUGGUUGUGUGUCACACAUUUUUGCCCUUCAACAACAGGUUGUGAGUUUACAGGCAGAACUCGCGUAUUUUCAAGCUCAUCUAGCCACCCUAGAAGGCCCAACACUUCCACCACCUCCACCACCACAAUCAUCAAUUCUUCCACAAGGAUUAUCCAUCAAUGACCUUACAACCGCAUCGCCGGUUCUUGGUUCAUAUGACUUGUCAUCACUUCUUGAACCAAUGAUUUCACCUUCAUGGGCUAUGCAACCACAAAGGAGACAGACCGACCCACAUCAGUUCAUGAGUUUUGAUGCUACAAGAGCUACAUCUAACCUGCCACCAACACAACGCGAUGAAGGUGAGUUUCAAGAGCUUGCUAGGGAGCUUAUGCAGAGGCCAAAUAGUGUGAAUUCGGGAUCAGUGGCAUGUAAGACUGAAAGUUCAUCUUUGCCACCUUAGAACAGAUAAAGUGAAAGGCAUUCUUGAUUUUUUCUUUAUUUUGACUUUUAGUGAUCUAAGACAUAGUUUUUUCUUAUGUUGUGGAAUUUAAUGGGAGAAUUAUUUCAU